AUGGAAUUGGAUAGUGUUCAAAACAUUCUCUUAUUCAAUUUCAAUCCAAUCAUCCUCAUCAAAACCUUCCAACAUAUAUUUUUCCUUUAUCAAAACAAAAAGACAAAAAAGUGGUUAUAACAUAUAAUUUUUCUUUUUGUUAGUUAUAGUUAUAAACUGCAAAUGAAACGAACAUUCUUGAAUUAAAAUGAAUGCAUGAGGGACAAAAUGGGAAAUUUAGUGAACCCAACCAUAGGAGGUUCAUAAUAACAAAGUGUAUUUUUCUAUUAUAAAUAGGCAAAAAGUUGUGAAUUAUAGGCACUCCAAUACAAUCUCCAACAUUUACACACACACACACAACACAUCCCCAUACUUACCAUAAAAUACUCUCAAUCAUUCACUCCACUAAUAUUAUUUCACUCUACCAAAAACAAACUACAUAGCUUCAUAUUCAUAUACAUACAAAAAUACACAUAUAUAUAUAUAAUUAAUCACAACCCAAUAAUACACUAUCUCUCUAGUGUACUAAACUCAACCCAAGAUCAUUCUCUUAUUCUUCUUCUCUUCUUUCAAAAAAGAAAAAACAAAUACAAAUAAUAACAAGAAUGAAUUGGAGAGUUGUGUAUAUCUCUACUUUGGUUGUAACAUUGCUCAUUCUUGGUGCCUCAUCAUCCCCAAUCAUCACAGAAAAUAAGGGAGCAGGAUUUGGAUAUAUGGGUAAUCAUGGGCCUAGAGAAUGGGGAAAAUUGAGCCCAGAAUACAGUGAAUGUGCAAAGGGUAAACUACAAUCACCAUUGAACAUUCUCAAAAACCAAGUGGUUCGCUCCAAAGUGUUUAAGCCCUUAAUCAGAAACUACGUCCCUGUUAAUGCCACCCUUCUCAACAAUCAAUUUAACGUUGGGAUUAAGUAUGAAGGAGACGCAGGAUCAAUGGAAGUGAAUGGUAAGAAAUAUAGCUUGAAGCAAAUGCAUUGGCACUCUCCCUCUGAGCACCGAUUGAAUGGCGUUCGAUACCCAGUGGAGCUACAUUUAGUUCACCAAGCAGAAGAUCACAGCCUUUCAGUUAUAGCAAUUCUGUUCAAUUACAGUACUCCAGAUCCACUUCUCUUGAAGAUUAAGGAGAAAAUGAAGGAGCUGUCAAAGGAGGUAUUUGCAGGGGAUGAGGAGGCUCAUGUACCACUUGGAACCUUAGAUCUUAAGUUACUUAAAAAGAACACAAGAAAAUAUUACAGAUAUGUUGGCUCUCUCACCACUCCUCCUUGCUAUGAAAAUGUCACUUGGACUGUCCUUGGAAAGGUUAGGAGCAUCUCCCAUGAGCAAGUAGCUGCAAUUAAAGCACCAUUGAAAUCAGAUUGUAAGAACAAUGCAAGGCCUUGCCAACCCCUAAAUGGCCGAACUGUUGAGUUGUAUGAGGACCUUGGCCCCCACUAAUACCUAAAAUUAUUCCAAAAAAAAAAAGGAAAAAAAAUCUUAGUUACAAUAAUUAGUAUUGCUAUGGAGAUAUCAAUUAUUAUAGUGCUGUUUUUAUAGAUAUGUAUAUAUGUGUUAAGAUGAGUGGUAUUUGUACUUUAUAUUAGAAAAGAAGAUUGUUUUAAACACUCUUCUUUUCCUUAUUCUAGCUUGGGGUUUUUGGUAUUCUUAACUUCAUCUAUGUAAUUCAACAUUAGUGAGAUUUGGGCUUUGAGUUUAUUUUACUUUUAGAACCUAUUUAUCUAUAAAAA